UUCACUCCAUUCUUAACCUAAAAAAAAAAAAAUCCAAAAACAAAUUAGUAUUAGUAUUAUUAUUAUUAUACUCUUUUUGUUUUUUAAAGAAGAAAAGAAAAGAAAAGAGUUCCAAAUUUUGUUGUAAUUCCUUCUCAUUCGAUGGCUGAAUUGAAGAACCAUACUUUCCGGGGCACAAAGAGACCAUCCUCCGACGGAUCGGACGAUGUAAAAUUAGCCGAUUCAAAGAAACCAACGGCCAUGAUUUCCUCUCUUCUCGAAGAUCCAGCGGCUGCGAUUGCCAAUACGCGUCAUGAGUUCGGCGAACAUGGAGGGGUAAACAUGUCAAUUGAAGCCUCCGCUACAUUCACCGUCAUGGAACCUGAAACCAUGCGUCGUAUGUUCGCCGGUGAGUUAGGUCCUGACCGUGAUUUCUUCAUCUACAGUCGUCAUUUCAAUCCAACCGUAUUGAAUCUCAGCCGUCAGAUGGCUGCCCUUGAAGGUACCGCCGCUGCGUACUGUACCUCUAGUGGAAUGUCAGCCAUCGCCGCCGUGCUCCUCCAAUUGUUAGCUAGUGGGGACCACGUCGUGGCGAGUAGGACAUUGUACGGCGGGACCCAUGCGUUGAUGGCUCACUUUUUUCCGAGGACUUCGAAUAUAACGACGACGUUUGUAGACAUAGGGGAUUUGAAGGAAGUGGAGAAGGCAAUAGUUGAAGGGAAAACCAAAGUGCUUUAUUUCGAAUCGGUUUCGAAUCCGACGUUGGCGGUAGCAAAUAUACCGGAGUUGUGCAGGAUUGGGCAUGAAAAAGGGGUCACGGUGGUCGUGGAUAAUACUUUUGCCCCGAUGAUUCUCUCGCCGGCGAGGCUAGGUGCUGACGUGGUCGUUCAUAGUAUUUCUAAAUUCAUUAGCGGUGGAGCUGACAUCAUUGCAGGUGCAGUUUGUGGACCUACAAAGCUAGUGAACUCAAUGAUGGAUCUACGACAAGGGAGCUUGAUGCUUCUGGGGCCAACUAUGAAUGCGAAGGUGGCGUUUGAGCUCUCGGAGAGAAUCCCUCACUUGAGCCUGAGAAUGAAGGAGCAUUGCAGAAGGGCAUCGGUGUUUGCCGAGCGAAUGAAGAAGGCAGGGUUAAAGGUCGUAUACCCUGGGCUACCAGACCACCCACAGCACCAACUGAUGAAGAGCUUGGCUAGCCCAGAAUACGGGUUUGGGGGUAUGUUGUGUGUAGACAUGGGGACGGAGGAAAAGGCAAACAAGCUCAUGAGUAUACUUCAAAACACUACUCAGUUUGGGUUCAUGGCAGUGAGUUUAGGGUACUAUGAAACUCUAAUGUCAUGCUCAGGCAGUAGCACAAGUAGUGAAAUGAGUGGUGAGGAAAGGGAAUUGGCUGGAAUCUCACCAGGGCUUGUAAGAAUGUCUAUUGGGUAUAUGGGCACAUUGGAGCAAAAAUGGAGCCAAUUUGAGAAAGCUCUUGCCAAAGUGCAAGACAAUGGGGUCCCCUUUUGCAACAAUUAAUUAGAAAUUUGGAACUUGGAAUUAUUGGUCCGGAUCGGUAUAACGACUUCGAUUUGGAUCUCUUUUCUCCCUAUCAAAGUGAUCGGUUUGAUUUGGUUAUUGGUUGAACUCCAAAACUAACAAAAUCGGACCAACAACUUUCAACUUAUAAUAUGUAUAGUUGCCUUAUAAGUGCUAUAUCUUUUUUUUAAAUUAAUGAAAUAAACACAUGCUUCCUUAACACAACAAA